UAAAGUAUGAAUAACCAUAUGUGUAUAAUAACUGUAUAAUAACCAUACGUGUAUAAUAACCAUACGUGUAUAAUCACCAUACGUGUAUAAUCACCAUACGUGUAUAAUCACCAUACCUGUAUAAUAACCAUACGUGUAUAAUAACCAUACGUGUAUAAUAACCAUACCUGUAUAAUCACCAUACCUGUCAACCUCUAUCAGUGCCCGACUUGUUACAGAUCUUAUGAUCACCCCGUGCCCUUAUCUCAACUUUCAUCCUACCGAUACACUCGGAGUAAAGACCUAGAGUGCCUGUUAGCUUGUGAUUAACAUCGCGUCGAUGUUGUCAUUCCAUUGCCCCUGAAAAUGAACGCACGAUAUUUUUAAAUGUGUACGGUAUAUGCGUAAACUGUAUUGUAUUUUCAGUUGUUUAGCGAUCGCAUUUACCUUCAGCUCAUCUUUACAGUUUUGUUUUAAAGUUAUUCCAACAUGUCCUGCAGUUCAGGUAGAUUCGUUGCAAUAAACGACUGUCAUCAGCAAAUCUCGAAUUAUGAAUGUAUACAGUACGCGUGUAUGUUUUGCAACAUAUUCCACUGUAGCGAGUUCAUAUAACCUGCUGUGACAUAUGGGUCAGAAAGGUGGACGACUAUUGAACAACAACAGUUGGAAAGUUUCGCAAAGAAGUAUUGCUAUAAAUACGGGCGCUUUGAAUGCCAUUGAGAGAUUGGGACAGAAAGAAGUCCACAGUGGAAAACAAACGCAGGUGAAAGGCGUCAUUCGGUGGUCGAGACGAAGGUGGGAAUGUCAGCCGAAGGCAGUCCGCGGAGACGGAGCGAUCGCAAAUCGACUCCUCGCGCGCAGGAGCGAGAUUCCACUCUGUGUGUGAUUCCGGUCGACGCUCACGCGAGAGGGACGGACGUGGUUUGUUUUUGGAUUUCGUCAAGCAGUGGACAGAGCCUGGCCGCUGUUGUCCGAUAACAGCGACGACGGCGAGGAGGAGGAUGAUGAUGAUGAGUAACACAACAAAACGACGCCGUAAGGGGGACGGUUGUGUAGCCGGAGUGCUGUCGGCACACCGGCGACACCGGCGUUUGUCUGGCAAAUAUAAUUUGCAUCCCCCCAGACCUAUCGGGAAAUAAUGCACCGACCAUUGGCCUCCGACUUUGGAUACAAAGGGUGCUAAUUGGCGCAUCGGGGAGUCUUGAUUUAAAGGCAUUUAAAGCGGCUGGCACCUUGUUAGGAGGCUGGGCAACUUCAACGGCAGGAUGCCGUGGUAGCAGGGUGACGCUGCAGGCUGACGUGACCGGGUCGGAGUGAGGGAGCCGCGUCGCGAGACCACAGAGAACCCCCCCUGCACCACCAGCCCCCCCCCCACCCCACACCGCAAGGCGCUCGGAGAAGAAGUGGGGGGCACCAUGGCGUACCUGGACCUCAAGCAGACCGCCUACCCGGGCCUCAGCCUCGCCACCAACGGCAUGGACCUGUUCCACCCCGCGCUCGGUUACCCAGCAGCCCCGCGCAAGCAGCGUCGCGAGCGCACGACGUUCACGCGCGCGCAGCUAGACAUCCUGGAAUCGCUCUUCUCCAAGACGCGCUACCCCGACAUCUUCAUGCGCGAGGAGGUGGCGCUCAAGAUCAACCUGCCCGAGUCGCGCGUGCAGGUGUGGUUCAAAAAUCGGCGCGCCAAGUGCCGGCAGCAGCACAACGCGGCUCAGAACAAGGCCCGCCCGGCCAAGAAGAAGAUCUCGCCGCGAGACAGCAACGCGGGCGACAGCAGCGCCGGCAGCGGGGGCCAGUUCACGCCGCCAGUGGGUAGCAACGCGGCCGGAGCUGCUGCUUCCGGUUCGUCGGGCAGCAGUGCGGCCGCGGCCGCCGCGGCCGCGGCCGCCGCGGUGUCCCUCUGGAGCCCGGCGGCCGUGUCUCCGGACAGCUUGGCCGACCCGCUAACCUCUGCGGCCGUGCUACAGCAGCAACAGCAGCAGCAGGUUCACCACCAGCAGCAGCAGCAGCAACAGCAGCAGCAGCGCUCUCCCUACCAGAUCACGUAUGCGCCCCAGCAGUCCGUGUACACGCAGAGCUACCCGGGCUCCAGCGCGUACUACUCGGCGAUGGAUUGCAGCGCGUACCUGUCCCCGGGCGCCGGCGGACUGAGCCCCAUGGCGAGCGCCGUGUCGGCCGGGAUGGGGCCCGUGUCCCCGCACACGGCGCUGUCGGCGCAGGCGUACGGCGCGACCGGGCUGGGCUUCGGCACGUCGGCCGACUACCUGCAGGACUACAAGGACCAGAGCUCGGCGUGGAAGCUCAACUUCACGCACGCCGACUGCCUGGACUACAAGGAUCAAAACGCGUGGAAGUUCCAGGCGCUCUAAGACGGGCACGGGGGGGGGGGUAGUAGUGACGCGCGUGUCCUAGGAGGUAGAGCUUUGUGCUGCGUUACGCCCGCGCGUGGUGUGUUUGUACGUACGUGCGGCAGCCUAGACACGCGACCCGCGAACGCACGUGGCGCGAGGAGCGAGCGAUGCGUGUCGUUUAUGUGAAGUUGGUUAAUGUCGUCCAGUGGUAUUGCGAGUUGCCGGCCUGUUGACCGUCCAAAGAGAGUGGUGGAGGUUCCGUGUUCUUGCAGCAGGGACUAUUGUCUCCAUCAGGAACAGACAGUGUUGAUUUUCCAGUGUUAAGUGGUGCGGCCCCACAAGGUGGAAUUCACUUUACUGACCUCCGUGUGAUGAUUGAUGGCGUGAACCUAAUGAUAUAAACAUGCUUUAUUAUCAUACGUUAACUUGUGAUUUCGCCAACUCAUCAUCUUUUUAAUUCGGGGCCAAAUCCCGAGUAUCGUGCAGAGCGGACAAAUAACUCUGCCCACCUCCCCCCCCCCGCCUUGGAUUUCAAUAACUACUGACUUAUUACAAACCUCCCCUCUAUAUCUAAGAUCCUUGAAAGCCUUUCGUUGCCUGGGCUCAUAACUAAUUACGUCCUAGUCUCCCAUCUUGUUUCUGUAAUCGGCGUGUCGGCCUGCUCACUCUACAGAAGCCACUGUAGUCUGGGUGAUUAACAACAGAACCCUGCCCAUCACCGGGGCUUUGCUGUCCCACUUGCCCGGCAUUUUGGCAGCCUUUGACACCACAAGGCGUGGUGUUUUGCAUGAACGCCUUGGCCGUGACUUUGGUGUUUCUGAACUGGCUCUUCAUAACCGAUUGUAGUUUUUUUUUCCAGUUAACACCUCGACGUGGUGGCAAAAUGUUAACUGCCUCGCCUUGUAUACAGAAG